GCUUCACCACAAACUUGUAAGCGUAACAGGUUUCCCGGGCUGGCUGCGCUGACCGAGCGCUCCGAUUGGCUGCUCCGUGUCCAUGUGCGGGCUCUGAUUGGCUGUCGGCCGAGUGGAAGAGAGCGCGGCGGAGGAAAAUGUGUCGGUUCGUUCGUGGAGUCGCAGCCGAUCGUGAGCGCGUCCUUCAGUCUGUGCCGAACAUGCACGACCUGCACCAUCUGGACUGAAAUAAUAAAGUGGGAUGCAUCGGGAAUCCGGACGCGCCGAGAAGUGAUUGAAGGAUCGCGGGAACGUGUGGGUGAGUGGGUCCGAUCAUGGGCACCCUGAGGGACCUCCAGUACGCCCUGCAGGAGAAGAUCGAGGAGCUGAGGCAGAGAGACGCGCUGAUCGACGAGCUGGAGCUGGAGCUGGACCAGAAGGACGAGCUGAUCCAGAAGCUCCAGACCGAGCUGGAUAAAUACCGCUCCGUCAUCAGACCCGCCACCCAGCACGUCCAGCAGAAGCACAACGAACUGCACGAACAGCAGAGGACCAAGCGACAAGCCAUCUCAGCCGAACCCACCGCGCUGGACAUCCAGGAUCUCAGCCAGGUCACUCUGCCCUUCUACCCCAAGAGCCCAGAGUCCAAGGAGCUGAUCAAGGAAGCCAUCCUGGACAACGACUUCAUGAAGAACCUGGAGCUCUCACAGAUCCAGGAGAUCGUGGACUGCAUGUACCCGGUGGAGUACGACAGGGAGAGCUGCAUCAUCAAAGAGGGCGACGUGGGCUCGCUCGUCUACGUCAUGGAGGAUGGUAAGGUGGAGGUGACCAAGGAGGGCAUGAAGCUGUGCAACAUGGGACCGGGCAAGGUGUUCGGAGAGCUGGCCAUCCUGUACAACUGCACCCGCACCGCCACCGUUCAGACUCUCACUAACGUGAAAUUAUGGGCCAUCGACCGUCAGUGUUUCCAGACCAUCAUGAUGAGGACGGGACUGAUCAAGCACGCUGAGUACAUGGAGUUCCUAAAGAGUGUUCCAACAUUUCAGGGCCUUCAGGAGGAGAUACUCAGCAAACUUGCAGAUGUGCUGGAAGAGACUCACUACAGCGAUGGAGAGUACAUCAUCCGGCAGGGGGCUCGAGGAGACACCUUCUUCAUCAUCAGUAAAGGAAAGGUGAACGUUACCCGGGAGGAUUCGCCCAAUGAGACUGUUUACCUGCGUGCCAUGGGGAAGGGCGACUGGUUCGGUGAAAAGGCUCUUCAGGGAGAGGAUAUCAGAACCGCCAACGUCAUCGCUGCUGAAGCCGUGACCUGCCUCGUCAUCGACAGAGACUCAUUUAAGCAUUUGAUUGGAGGGCUGGACGACUUCUCCAACAAAGGCUGCGAGGAUGCCGGAGCCAAAGCAAAAUACGAGGCGGAGAACGCCUUCUUCUCCAACCUGAAGCUGGUGGACUUCAACAUCAUCGACACCCUGGGCGUGGGAGGAUUCGGACGGGUCGAGCUGGUGCAGCUGAAAAGUGACGAGACCAAAACGUUCGCCAUGAAAAUCCUGAAAAAGCGUCACAUAGUGGACACCCGGCAGCAGGAGCACAUCCGCUCGGAGAAGCAGAUCAUGCAGGAGGCGCAUUCGGACUUCAUAGUCAGACUGUACAGGACUUUCAAGGACAGCAAGUAUCUGUACAUGCUGAUGGAAGCCUGUUUAGGAGGAGAACUGUGGACCAUUCUCAGAGACAGAGGCUCGUUUGAAGACUCCACCACACGUUUUUACACUGCCUGUGUGGUGGAGGCCUUCGCUUACCUGCAUUCCAAAGGGAUCAUCUACAGAGAUCUCAAACCAGAGAACCUUAUCUUAGAUCACCGAGGCUAUGCCAAGCUGGUGGACUUUGGCUUCGCUAAAAAGAUUGGGUUUGGGAAGAAGACCUGGACGUUCUGUGGAACACCGGAGUACGUGGCUCCAGAAAUCAUUCUGAACAAGGGCCACGAUAUCUCAGCAGAUUACUGGUCACUGGGGAUCCUCAUGUAUGAGCUUCUCACUGGCAGUCCACCAUUUUCAGGUCCAGAUCCUAUGAAGACAUACAAUAUCAUCCUGAGAGGAAUCGACAUGAUAGAAUUUCCAAAGAAAAUCACCAAAAAUGCUGCCAAUCUGAUAAAGAAACUAUGCAGGGACAAUCCCUCUGAACGAUUAGGAAACUUGAAAAACGGAGUGAAGGACAUUCAAAAGCACAAGUGGUUCGAAGGGUUUAACUGGGAGGGGUUACGCAAAGGGACGCUGACACCCCCAAUUAUCCCUGAUGUCUCCUCACCCACCGACACCAGUAACUUCGACAGUUUCCCGGAGGACAGCGAGGACCCGCCCCCCGACGACAACUCAGGCUGGGACAACGAUUUCUGAUCCGGUCUGGUCUGCCCGGACCUUCGGGACGUGACUGCGUUUGAACGAGCGCUGCGCCAGGAAGCAGCUUAAGAAAGGAAAACAGAAACCAGUCCAGCUCUGGGUCACCAUGAUGCCUUCUACAGUGCAGCAGCAUUGGGAUGCCCCAGCUCUAGAACUGUUCAUGCCCCAUCUGUGCCCUGGGCUUCAUCACAGAUGGCAUUAUUCGUCUGAUUUCCUCCAUCCAUAGUGUCCUUACAUAAACAGACUGGGUAUUUUUGAAGGCUACUAAACACCUAGUGCACACUACACAACUUCAGUCCUGAUUUUUCAUUCAUUUAUUACUUCAUACAUACAGGCCGUUCACAUUUAUUAAACCUAGAUGCAACUUGGAGCAGCCAAUCCAUCUACUGGCAUAAUUAGAUUUAUUUUGUUUUGGGAGGUGAAGGGAAAAUAAAAUAAAAUAAAUAAAUAGUACUCAAGAACUAAAUUGCUGAACCUACAAGUUCCAUUCUUGCAGCGGGGUCACUGUCUGUGACGAGGGGAAUAUUUUCCUUCUAUAUGUGUGGCUUUCCUUCCUGUAGGUGGAUUGGCUGUCUAAGUUAUCCCUGUAUGGAUAAGUGAAUGAGUUUAACGUUUGAGUAUGUGCCAGUGAAUUAUACUAGGGUGCUCGGGUGGCGCAGGGGUGCAGUACGCCAGCCCACUGCUGCUGAGAUUUGUGGGUCCAGGGUUCGAAUCUCAAAUCUCAGCAGUGCUAUCUGCCAGUGUAUGCCUAAUGUCUGAGGGUGGAUGGUUGAUAAAGCGUAGCCAUUGGGGGCACAUGGUCCAGAUCUGCUGUGGCGACCCAUAAAUACAGGAGCAUCCAAAAGGAGUGAUUUAAAGCCCUCAUGAGCAAACAUAUGAGUAAUAGUGCACAUGUAUUACCAGAAGAGAUCUUACUGCAAAUACUGCAAAUACCAAAGUAAUAGAAGUGUAAAUGUGUAGUGUGCACUAAGCUAUAGGGUGAAACGCCCUCAUUUCACAUGUACGCUCUUUGGAACCCUGCUCCUGUAUACUUAUGUUGAUUAUUUUUCCAUAACGCCUCGUUACUUUGCCUUUGUUGCUUCAAAUAUUCAAACUCUUUUCUGUAUAAUUUCAAUUUUAUCUGCAGCAACACGGUGCAGUCACUCCAUUCAUACUCACUCUUAGUGAGCUGUUUCGAACCACCAGGGGGCGCACUGCGACCAGCACAAGCACAAGAAGGUCGUAGGUUCUGCACGGAUGACCAGACAUUCGCAUGAACACAAACUGCUGUGCUGGAAAACAAAUAAAGCCUUUUUUUUUAUUUAUUGUAGGACCAGAGAUGAAUAUUUCUGUACAUAUUCAGUGCUGAUAUUUUGUGAUACGUGUAAAAGAUGAAUUUUAUUGUCAGAGUAAAGCCAGUUCUGUUAUCUGAGUUGUUUGGUAUCGUUGGUUUGUUUGGUACUUUGUAGAAUUUGUUGAACUUGGUGUCCAAAACUCCUGUGCUUAUCAGUUUUUUUGGCAUUACUGAAAGUGCCUUAAUUUGAUGGCAUUCGGCACAGACCCUGGAUCGGUUUUAAUGCUGCAUGACUUGGUGAACACUUCAGAUGUUGUAAUCCUCGUUUGUGGCUUUUUUAAACGGUUUAUCCAUUUAUAUGCCUUUUCUUACAAUAAAAGAAUGAACAUGCCAAA